CGCCAACCUCUCUGGUGCCCUCCUCUUUUGUCUCCUCCUCAUCUGCGACCUCGGGCUGAUCUCUGAACCCUCUAUUCUUAAUUAUUCGAGGCGUUGUUGUCCUCACCUCCGUUGAUCACCCUCACGGACUUCUGCGCCUCACGGAACUUGCCCAAGCUCCGGCACAGCAACAAUGGUGCGAUGGAGCAAGCUGUUCAAUGCCGAUGGCCACGACCGGCGUCACCACCUCCAGGAUGAGAUGCGAUCGCUGCUGCCCACGCGGCGCGACCACAUCCCUCCCCCGCCCAUCCCCGCUAAGGAAGUCACAAAGGUGGCUCUCCGUCUAAAACACCAGAUCGAGCAGGUGAUCCCAUGCGAAAUGCAGGAAUCAAAGGUCACCAUGCCGCACAGCCCCAUUAUCACGCAUGCCGUCGUGGAAACCGCCAAGCAAGCGGGCGGCGAGGAGUACAGAGCAGUUGUAGUCUACUGCCUCCUCGUCGUGAAAAAGUGGUUUAGGAGACAGGCACUUCUCGAACUGUGGGACGCAGAAAUGCACGAUGUGAGGGCCGUGGCUGCUGAGAUGAUCGCGAAACGUAUCAUUGAGGCCGAAGAGGACAUGGAGUAUCUGCAUGAGGAAGUCCUGCUGAAACGCUACUCUAUCCUGGUCGACGGCGAGGCUUCCAUACCCGCCAACGCCAUUGAGCGCGCUGUCGACCUUCAUGCCCUGACUGUCAUCGGCUCGUCGGGGUACCAGAAGUGUAUUUCGUACCUCUGGCGAGGCUGGCUAGUCCAGGACGACGAAGACCCUGCGCGCUUCGUCGACUACAAGGAGAAGACCAACACUGACUACUGGGUGCAUCUCGACCCGGACCGCAUGCGAGUCCCUCUCUACCAGAACACGGUGCAGAUCGCCAUGUCGCUCAUCUUCCUAGCCCUGUACACCGGCGCCAUCAACACCAUCAAUCCCUCUGGAGACCUCGAUGUCGUCGAAGGGCUCCUCUACGUCUUCACGCUUGGCUUUGUUUGUGAUGAAAUCAGCAAGUUUUGGAAAGUCGGACGAUGGUACAUUGGGUUCUGGAACGUCUUCAACAGUACCCUCUACUCCCUUCUCACCACUUCUUUUGUCCUUCGCACGAUCGCUCUCGCACACGCGCCUCUUCACCCCAAGCGCCUGCACUUUAACGAGCUUAGCUACAACUUUCUGGCUUUUACAGCACCGAUGUUCUGGAUGCGUCUGCUGCUCUAUCUAGACACCUUCCGCUUCUUCGGCGCGAUGCUUGUAGUCCUGAAAGUCAUGAUGCGGGAAUCCCUGAUCUUUUUCGCGCUGCUUAUUGUCGUCUUGGUCGGUUUUUUGCAAGCAUUCAUCGGCCUAGAUCUUGCGGAUUCGAAGCUAGAGGACACCGGCUUCAUAGUCCAGGCUAUGUUGAAUGCUAUCAUGCAAAGCCCGGAGUUCGAGGGUUUUGAUAAGUUUGCGCCCCCAUUCGGACUCAUCCUCUAUUACAUCUUCACGUUUGUGGUCAUGGUCAUUUUGCUCAACAUCCUCAUCGCUCUCUACAACUCCGCCUACGAAGACAUCACCGAAAACGCCAUCGACGAAUUCAUGUGUCUUUACGCCCAAAAAACCAUGCAGUUCGUUCGCGCGCCCGACGAAAACGUCUUUAUAGCGCCCUUCAACCUCAUCGAACUCCUCUUCCUUGUCCUGCCUUUCGAAUGGUGGCUCUCGAAACCCCGCUACGAACGCCUCAACGACAUUGUUAUGGGAAUCAUUUACUCCCCGCUUCUCAUUAUCACUGCGUUCAUGGAAACCAGGCAGGCGCAUAAAGUUAAGUAUAAUAGACAUAGAGGCGAGGAUGAUGAUGAUACGGUUGAGGAAUGGGAGCAGGUGCUUGAUGAGUGUGAUUUUGAGGCUGAUGGGUGGGAUAAGAAGGUCAGGGCGAGUAAACCGAAUGUGGAGUUUGAUACGGCAGUUUUGGAGGUGAGGAAAUUGCAGCAAGAGGUGGGGGAGUUGAAGGAGUUGCUGCUAGAGAUGAGGAGGGGUGGAGGAUCUUGGGGCAGUGAUACGCUGAAAGAGAGUAGGGUGGAGGAGAAGGAGGAGUUUGGGGAGAGUAGUGAGAGUGUGGAGAGGGAGUGAUGGCCCUGCUGUUUUUAGAUUGUCGAGGGCGAAGAGUGGGUACAUGGCGCUGACGGUAUUUUAACUAAUGGCUGGUAUGCUUUCUUAAGGAAACAGUUGUUGCAUAGUCCCUGCUUGUAUGGGUUACGCUGCGAGUCAAGUACAGUCUUGUUCCUAGUAAAUAUAUCCUUAUACAAUCC